ACCGGUCGGCCACGAACACCGUCGUUCCGGUCCCGCGGCAACUAAAGAGGCGCGCGCGCAGCGGCCGAAUUCGAAAAGUAUACGAUUUUCACGCGUUUUUUCGCGGAAAUAUGUGAUGUUUUCCGGAUGCAGGGUGGUUUGAGUGAGAGUCGGACGUUUUUUGUGAGUUCUAGUGUUGAAAUGUGGGGAUUUUGAAUUUUAAAACAGCACGAUGCGCUUCGGAGAAAGGCCGAGGAGGAAAUCCACGGCGGACAUGACGCAGUUCUUCUUCUACAUCGUGACGGCCAUCUUCAUAAAUUCAGCGGGAGCUGCACGGAGGUCGCGGAUAAACGGCACAUGGCUGAGGAUGGGCUUGAUGCAAGACGAGAUGAUGCAGUCCGACCAAAGCACACCAUCAUGCCUGAGCCUACCUGGUCUUACACCUGGACAGUCGAGGAUUUGUCAUCUGUAUAUAGAUCACAUGAACGCUGUGGCCUUAGGAGCCAAGACAGCACUGGCGGAAUGCAAGCACCAGUUUCAUGGCAGAAGAUGGAACUGUUCGAUACUUGAUGAUGUCAGCGUUCUAGGACCUGUUCUGAAUAUGGGCAGCAGGGAGUCAGCGUUUGCCCACGCUCUGGCAGCUGCUGGAGUGGCUUACGCAAUAUCCAGGGCGUGCAAGGAUGGUCAGCUAUCCUCCUGCGGUUGUUCGAGAAUGAGAAGACCCAAAGAUCUCAGGAAAGAUUGGGUUUGGGGAGGCUGCGGCGACAAUCUGGAUUAUGCAUACAAAUUCACCCAGACAUUCGUGGAUAUCACAGAGAAAGAGCGACGGUACAAAAGGGGCACUAGAGCACAGGGGAAAUCUCUGAUGAACCUUCACAACAACGAGGCAGGAAGAAGGGCAGUGAUCAAGAAUUCGAAAGUGACCUGUAAAUGUCAUGGAGUAUCAGGAUCGUGUUCCUUGAUAACUUGUUGGCAGCAGAUGGCUACUUUCAGAGAAAUAGGUGACUACCUAAGAGAAAAAUACGAUGGCGCCACUGAGGUCAGGGUGAACAGGAGGGGUCGCCUCCAACUUCGCGAUCCAAGGGUAAGGUUGCCAACGGCUCAAGACCUUGUCUACAUGGAGGAUUCCCCUAACUACUGCAUCAAAGACGACAGCAUAGGUUCCCUAGGUACCCAGGGAAGAAUUUGCAGCAGAACCUCCCAGGACUUGGACGGGUGCAACCUUCUUUGCUGCGGAAGGGGUUAUAACACCCUCAACUCCACGGUAGUCGAGAGGUGUGAUUGUAAAUUCAAGUGGUGUUGUCAGGUGGAGUGCAAGACGUGCGUUAAAUCGUUGGACGUGCACACGUGUAAAUGAGUGAUUCAGACUGGGAAGGGUGUUUUUACCAGUGAUAACACUUGAAAUAUCAGGAAUUUGACGCUAUGAACCAUGUCUCAGUUGGUCAGUUCAACCUGUAGCAUCCCCAAUUUUCUAUAAAAUUUCUCAUCAGCCUCAGCUGACCGACUGGCAAAUCAACUCUCGGAUUUCACACAUAUAGACGACACGAAGAGCAAUAAAAAAACAAUUCCGGAAAGAUCAAGGUUUGUAAUCUUAAUUAUUUCCCAAAAAGUGGAUCAAAAUAAGAAACUUGAAUAGACCAUAGAAUAAUAAUUCAAUUUUAUUGUUGGUCUUUAUCUAUGGAAUUAACCUAGUGAGCAGUAUUAUUAGAUGAUUAUAAAUAAGUUAUAUUAUAUUACUGAACGAAUAAAAUAAGAGACAAUUAUAUUUUUUUUCUGAAAGGAAAUAAAAUUUAUACGUUUCUAUUCUAAGUGUUUGGUCGAAUACUUGGAAGGUUGGCGAACGUUUCUGAACUCGUCCAUUGAGAUCAUCUAUGAAACGUUGCCCUAUGAAAUUAAGUGGUUUACAAAAUUUACAAAUUGUUCGAAGCUGAUAAAAAACUGGAUAUCAAGUUCAAGUCAGCAUUUAUCUCCUUAAUUUUAUUAUUGUCCUGACUUAAGUGUUCAUCCUUGAUUCCUAUUUUAUGUACAUAAGAUGUGUAGGUUUUCCUUAAUACUGUAUUGAGAUGUAAAUUAUAUGAUGAUUCUGUUUUUAUUCAUGAUUGAUAUCUUAUUUAUUCUGUGUCCAAUAAAAAUACCAAAUAUA